AUGGGUUAUGCACCUUGUGACGCUGUGCCUGCAGCACCCCGUGUCGCCGCCGCUUCUGAAGCACCCCGUGGCGCCGCGUCUGAAGCACCUCGUGACGCCGCUUCUGAAGUACCUCGUGACGCCGCGUCUGCAGCACUUCGUGACGCCGCGUCUGCAGCACUUCGUGACGCCGUGUCUGCAGUACCUCGUGACGCCGUGACUGCAGCACCUCUUGACGCCGUGUCUGCAGCACCUCGUGACGCCGCUUCUGAAGGACCCCGUGACGCCGUGUCUGCAGCACCUUGUGACGCCGUGCCUGCAGCACCAUGUGAAUUCGUGCCUGCAGCUACAUGUGACGCCGUGCCUGCAGCACUUCGUGACGCCGUGCCUGCAGCACUUCGUGACACCGCGUCUGCAGUACCUCGUGACGCCGUGACUGCAGCACCUCGUGACGCCGCUUCUGAAGGACCCCGUGACGCCGUGUCUGCAGCACCUUGUGACGCCGUGCCUGCAGCACCAUGUGAAUUCGUGCCUGCAGCACUUCGUGACGCCGUGCCUGCAGCACCAUGUGACGCCGUGCCUGCAGCACCAUGUGACGCCGUGCCUGCAGCACCAUGUGACGCCGUGCCUGCAGCACCAUGUGACGCCGUGCUUGCAGCACCCCUCGACGCCGCACACCUUGUGACGCCGUGUCUGCAACACCCCGUGAAGCCCGUGUCAGCAGCACCCCGUGACGCCCGUGCCUGCAGCACCCCGUGA